CCUUAAACCAUAACUUUCUUCAUCCUUUAGCUUUUCUCCUCGGUCUCUAAUACGCAGUACAACCUUUACUUCCACCAUUUCCAAACUUUGGGUGUUAAUUAAUUUCCGUCGUCAAACAAAAUGGCAAGCGUAGAUAUAAGUGAAAUUCAUAACGUUGAAAGAGCCAAAGGGCAAGCUAAUGUCCUAGCUAUUGGCACGGCAAACCCACCAAAUGUAAUGUACCAGGCGGACUAUCCUGAUUUCUAUUUUCGCCUUACCAACAGUGAGCAUAUGACCGAUCUCAAGGCCAAGUUUAAGCGCAUAUGUGAGAAAACAACGAUAAAGAAGCGAUACAUGCACAUAAGUGAAGACAUCUUAAAAGAGAAGCCAGAUUUGUGUGAUUACAAUGCGUCUUCCUUAGACAUACGUCAAGUGAUACUCGCUAAAGAGGUUCCUAAAGUUGGAAAAGACGCAGCCAUGAAGGCGAUUGAAGAGUGGGGGCAAGCCAUGUCCAAGAUAACCCAUCUUAUCUUUUGCACCACUUCAGGUGUUGACAUACCCGGUGCUGACUACCAGCUCACAAUGCUUCUAGGGCUUAAUCCUUCAGUAAAGCGUUAUAUGCUUUGCCAACAAGGUUGCCAUGCAGGUGGAACUGUCCUUCGAUUAGCAAAGGACCUUGCAGAGAACAACUAUGGAUCUCGAGUAUUGGUUGUGUGUUCUGAAAAUACAACCGUUUGUUUCCGUGGUCCAACUGAAACACACCCAGACUCUAUGGUUGCACAAGCUCUAUUUGCAGAUGGUGCUGGGGCUGUCAUCGUGGGUGCCUAUCCAGAUGAGUCUUUAAAUGAACGACCCAUCUUUCAGAUUGUAUCCACAGCACAAACUAUAUUACCUAACUCUCAAGGGGCUAUCGAAGGUCAUCUUCGACAAAUUGGUCUAGCUAUUCAACUACUUCCCAAUGUUCCUGACCUUAUAUCUAAUAAUAUUGACAAGUGCCUUGUUGAAGCCUUUAACCCAAUUGGUAUUAACGACUGGAAUUCUAUAUUUUGGAUUGCUCAUCCUGGAGGACCCGCGAUUUUAGGACAAGUCGAAUCAAAACUUGGCCUACAAGAAAGCAAACUAACAACUACUUGGCAUGUUUUGAGGGAGUUUGGAAACAUGUCUAGUGCAUGUGUGUUUUUUAUAAUGGAUGAGACUCGAAAAAGGUCAUUGAAAGAGGGUAAGACUACUACUGGUGAUGGAUUUGAUUGGGGUGUGUUGUUCGGAUUUGGCCCUGGUCUUACUGUUGAGACCGUUGUGCUCCGCAGUUUCCCACUUAAUCAGUAGGUGCUCACGUACAUUUACAAAUUACAACCACUGCCUGAUUAAUAAAUUUGUCUCUUUAAAUAAAUUUUUGUGAAAAUGUAUAAUUAAAUUAUUUAUUUACCAACAACAAAUAAAUUUAAAUUUAAAUUUAAAUUUUUAAGGUGCACUAGCUUACAUUUUUUAAGGAAAAAGAAGCAAAUAAAUUGUAAAUAGCUAGUGAUGUUUUACAUAGAAUUUUCUUCAUAUUAA